UCCAAAACGCAUUGUUUCAAUAGCCCUCGUUUGUUUCAGCGCGGACGUUGUGCCUGCUUUCAACACACUGCGACGUACUAGCAGUUACUGACGAGCGAUGUCUUCUGUUUUUGCUUGGUACGCAGCUGUGCUGUGGCUGCUUGCAUUUGCAGACGAGGCAGAGUCCGCCACAACUAGAACCAAAGUCGUUAUUCUCGGAGGAGGAUAUGCCGGAAUGCAAGUCGCCAAGACGCUGAGCGACAACGGAGUCGACGACUUCAUCGUCCUAGAAGCCCAAGAAAGAGCAGGAGGACGAAUGUUAUCUGGCUCCUUGCAGGGUCUCCCAGCAGAAUAUCUAUGGGGACGUGUGGAUACCAGAGAGUCUGUCUCCGAUAUCCUUCGAGAUCUUUUCGAUAGCUGCAAUCUUGCAUAUUCACCUCUGGAUUACUCGAGGUAUCAAGCUGUGAACGACAGAGGAGUGAACGUUACAGUAGAAGCUUCGCAAGCUGAAAAAAGGCUGUCCAACAGCGUGUCUCAGCUCAAGGCAGCCUGGAAAGAUGGUGUUUUUGAAGGUCAAGAUGAUAUGAGUGUCAGAGCAGCACUUCGUCUAUAUGGUUGGAUUGCUAAAUCACCAGUGGAAUGGGCUGUAGAAUUCUAUUGGUUUCAACUUGAAACUGUGGACCAAUUAGCUGCCAUGUCUGCAAAGGAAUAUUUAUGGCUGAGUGAAUUCUACAAGACCCAACAAUACAUUAAGAGUGGGAACUCUUUUGAAGGCAUUCAAAAAAUGACUGAAUGUUUUAAGAACACCUUUGCAAGUGGUCAGUAUUCUGAUCGUCUACGUUUGAACAGCCUCGUGCGUACAAUACAAUACAGUGAUGAUAGUGUUACAGUCACUCUAGAAGAUGGUUCGGUGUACAUUGCUGAGUAUGCAGUGGUCACGUUCAGUUUGGGAGUGCUGCAGCAUGAUGAUGUGACAUUCACACCAAAGUUACCUCUGUGGAAACGUAUAGCUAUCACUCGAUUCUAUAUGACUCCUAUGACAGUCGUGUAUGCUUACUACAAACCAAAAGCACGACGUCGGCUAGAUUCAAGAAAUAUGUUUGUGUCUGAUGAUCGUGGCAGGUACCACUGGAGCAUUGAAAUUACUCAAGUAAUUGAAAAUACAUUAGAACAUAGCCAGUCAUACGAUCUAUUCAUGACGUGGGUGAUUGAUGAUGAUGCUUUUCGAGUCGAAGGUCAGCCUUUAAAUCAGACACAGCAAGAAGUCACCGAGUUGUUUCGCAAACACUAUGGGCCAUCAUUUCCUGAACCUCAAGUUUUCGUGUCCAACAUCACUCUCAAUCCCCUAUACUAUGGAGGGAUGACGGUCCCUCCACUGGGGUCAACCCAUGAGGAUCUAGAUCAACUAAGAGCUCCCGUUGGGAGAAUUUUCUUUGCUGGAGAUUCCUAUCAUUACAAUUUGUAUGUUCGUAGUGCAUUGAUCAGUGGUAAUGAAACAGCAUAUGUCCUGAUUGAUUGCAUGAAUGGAGGUUCAUGUACAAUGCCCAAGCUGGCAGAGGAAACAUCUCAGACUUGUACCUCUGGUACUCAAAUCAAAUGUCCGUUAGCCACUCACUUGUUGCUCUUCUUACUUCUGAAGACCAUCUAUCUCAUGAUGUGAGAUUUUCACAUCUUGGAAUUAGUGUGUCCGGUUGCCUGCUAUCGUCUUUAUGCGCGUUUGUAUUCUAAUUGCUCACGGAAUCCACAUUUCUCUGUUCAUCAGUGGUGUAUGACCCUACAAUGAUUUAAUGGCAACCUAGCUCGAUCAGUUUCUCGUAGCUGAAACACCUGCCUUAUGCAAAGCUGGUAAUGUAGUUGAAGACAUUGUAGUAUGCACAAGCAAUGAGAGUUCUUGAGUAUAGAUAUUAGAAUAUUGGUGUUUGCUACUUAAUGAUUUCUGUAUCGUUGUCUCGAGUCAUUCCUGAUAUUGACUAAAACACGUUUGGGUCACACAUUAA